AUGUCGGCAUAUGUUGCAGUGGCGAAAAGUGUGAUGGAAGGAGAGUUUCCAAGCUUUGAGCUUAUGUCAAGCCUGCGCGCCUUCAGUGUCUCAGACGAAAUCAAAUCAACACAGAGACGGCAGAGCGGAGAGAUCCAAAACUGUUUGGAGAAACUCGCUCAAGCCAUCGGGGUGUGUGCAGCAACCCUGCAGUAUGAAUACGAUCGGUUAUACCCACUUGCUGCCAAAUUUGGCAAACAAGGCCUUCGCACCUUUGAGGCUUGGAAAAAGGCAGUGGGCUCAGCUUCCAAGAGCAUGGCAUCCUACACCACCGAAGCACUAGUGCCGGCCCUGGCCAGACUUGGUGCUUGGUCUUGUUCCUCGUCUUCGGUGGAGAGAGGUUUUGGAAUGGCGUUGGCAGCCAAACAACUUGGCCAAGGACAGGACGAGCACGUUGUGUCAGAGGAAAGCAUCCUCAUCAUCCAACAGGACAUUCUGCGAGGGAAGGCCGCAGAUGAGUUGGACUUGAAGGACAACAUCAUGAGGGCCAAAGCCAUCUGGGCAUCGAAAGCGCUGAAAGACGGGGAAGCAGGCUUUCUCCAGGGCCGCGAAAUGGUCACGCAGCAACUUGCUGCGUCGUCCAGCUCCGAUAUUGCCGCUUUGAAGACAGAGAAGACUUCUGCAGCUGAGAUUCUGCAAUACUUUGGUGAAAAACAAAUGAAGGAGAUUGCAUUUUCUGAAGCCAAGAAGAGCAAAGCUUUGGUAGAGCAACUACUCCUGAAGGUGUUGCCGCAAGACCAAAUCACGCCAGAACUCACCGCUGCCGCAGAGGAGUACUGCAGGCGGGCCCAGCAAAACCAGAGAGAGAACACCAAUAACCAGAAACUUGCGCAGAAGCGCGUCAUUCAAAAGGAGGCGCGGUGGUGUCGUCAAGGGACGAAGCGGAUGUUCUUAAUAGUACACAGUACACAUGUCUUUGUUGAAGUUCUUAGCUUAUCCUUGCACCAGGCGGCCUGGACUGAAGAGGCUUUGAUCUAUGGCCCAGACCGGGGCGUCCCAAUGACAGCCGCGCGUAUUUUCGUGGCCAACGACCCGAACAACUGUACUUCCCACAUGAAAUUUGUGGGCGGCCUGCUGGGUGGAAUUGUGGCGACGCCGCAGUUUGUGGAGAGCAGGGGCAAAGAUGGCAUUUGCGUUGCAUAUAAGGCUGCCAUCGUCACUGUGAGACGGGUCUUUGUGACACCAUUAUUCAUGGGUAGCCACACUGCAAUCUGCAGAGAUCUGUUGGAGAUUUUGAAAAUAGCAGAAUGUAAAUGGCAGCUUAUGCGCCAAGCUGAGCUGGACCAGUUUGUACAGAAAUUGACUCAGGCCAAGGCGCGCCAGGUUAUCAUUUUCCACGGUCCGGCAGAAGCUGCCCUGUUUCCAGCAAGCACUCACCGGUUCAGCAGUGUAGAGGAAGCAGUUGUGGAUCCUGUCAUUUGUUCUGUGGAUUUGUCUCGUUCUCGAACGGGCAUUUGUCCUGCUUACUGA